CUCUCUCUCUCUCUCUCGUACUUGCCGGUGGUAAUCUUCUAGCUUACUGCUCAUUCUACACUUUCGCUCACACAAGAAUUCACUCUCCAUUGUACUUGUUUUAGCUUGUGUAUAUUGUUCUAAGUGGUAAAGAUGGGUGAAAAGAAGAAGGCAGGAGCUAUGUUGGUGAAGCUUGUCUCGGCUGCUGGGACUGGAUUCUUUUACGUGGUGAAGAAGACCAAGAGGCUCCAAAGCAAUAAUGUAAAGCUUGAGUUUCGGAAGUAUGACCCUCGUGUGAAUCGCCACGUUUUAUUCACUGAAGCAAAGAUGAAGUGAGUACCGGCCUCCAGUUUGUGGCUGACAUAUGGGUUUUCAUUGGUCAAGUUGUCUCUGGCUUGAUAAUCCUAUUAAUAUUCACAGAAAACUUUUCAAGUGCAAAGUGGGCUAAAUAGGUUUUAUCACAUUUAGAAUUUCAAAUCUUCUUGUUGUUUGACGGACUUGGUUAUUGAUUACUAUCUGAAUUCUUUGGAAUCUGCAUUAGUGAAAGUUGGUAAUAAGCUAACCUAGAGCCCCUUGGCUUAUCAUUCAUUUAACAUUUUGGCAGUUCAAAUUUGAAAUCCACGUCUUUCCUUUUGUACCUAA